AUGGUAGGAAAACUGGCUGCAGAGGAGCUCCAGGCCUCCCUGGACCCGUUGCAGCAGUCCGGUUUCAAGCCAGGCCCAGAGCCCUCUGGCAGCACAGGGCAGCUGGUGAAGGAUCCUGUACAGAAAAGGUCUUUCUGGAAGCCCCGGAAACGGGAAUGCCCGGUGCAGAACCCUUCUGCCCUGCGGAGGCAGCCAGCCCUUCCCUCCUUGAUCAUGGAGCAGGAGAGGCAUUUGAAGUGCAAACGGGCAUCUCGGCACUCCAGGGGCAAGAGCGGCUUCCACCUGAGCCCUCCUUCCUGGCUUUCUCCGCCUGCACGGAGCAUCUGCCUCUGCGGGCUCAGGCAGCAGUGCGCUUGGCAGCCUCCGCCGCCGCCACCCGACAGUCCCUCACCUGCCAGCAACCGUCUGCAGGCCAAGUCGGAGAGCGACCACCGAGCGCCCUUUCCUGGCGGGCUGGCGGGUGGAUCCCACGAGCGGACCUGGCUGGACCGGUCUCUCCUGCCGGAGAGCGAGUCCACCUCUUCAGCGAGGCAGGCGGGGGCGCAGGUGGACUGCCACCCUCGGCGGGAAGUGCAAGGAUGCCAGCCCUUCCUGAACACCAGGCGCUGGCAAAGAGGGAAGCCAAGUUUCCAUCAGGCUUUCCUGGGCGCCUACUCCGUCAACACCUGCCAGGCUGGGCGGGAGAGCGUCAGAGCCAGGCGUGCUGCCACCGCCGCUCCUCUGCCCUCCGAGAGCGGGCCCCGGUGCCAGGAAGCCUCUGGGGGAGUGAGCGGGCAGGUGCCCCAGCCAUGCCCCCGGGGCCACACCCCCGCCUCCGUCUGCCCUGGCUCCUGCCACCCGGUGCCGCCCCGAGGCACUCGGAGGAGGAAGAGGAGCGGAGCGGGAUCAUGGCCUCAGGGCCCCCAGCCGGAGCGGCAGGCUGGCACCCGAGCCGUCUUCCUCCUGGAGCUGGGGGAGCCCGAGGCCAGGGGCGCCUGGAGCGCCGGCUACGUCUCCAACGGCCCCCGGUCCACAGACGUGGCGGUGCUGGCGCCAGCCGGGGCCCCCAUCGGGCGCUACCAGCUCAAGAUCCACCUGGACUCCGGCUACGGCCAGGCGGCCUCUUAUCUCCUGGGGGAGUUUGUCUUGCUCUUCAACGCCUGGUGCCCAGAGGACGAGGUGUACCUGGCGAGUGAGCCUGAGCGGCAGGAAUACGUCAUGAGCGAGGACGGCAUCCUCUACCAAGGCAACCAGGACUGGAUCCAGCCCUCCCCCUGGAAUUACGGGCAGUUUGAGGAAGACCUCGUGGACAUCUGCUUGGAACUCCUGGACCGGAGCUUGAACUACCGGGGCAACCCAGCCAGGGACUGCUCCCUGCGCGGCAGCGCGGUCUACGUCAGCCGGGUGCUGAGUGCCAUGGUCAACAGCAACGAUGACAACGGGGUCCUGCUGGGCAACUGGAGCGAAGACUAUUCUGGGGGGGUCCGCCCGACCCAGUGGAGCGGCAGCGUGGCUAUCCUGCAGCGGUGGCACCGGGCGGGUGGCCAGCCGGUCAGAUACGGGCAGUGCUGGGUCUUCGCGGCUGUGAUGUGCACAGUGAUGCGGUGCCUUGGGAUCCCAGCCCGUGUGGUGACCAAUUUCAACUCGGGGCACGACACAGACGGGAACCUGAUUAUCGACGUCUUCUAUGACAAGACGGGCCAGCUCCUGCCCCGCGAGAGCAAGGACAGUGUCUGGAACUUCCACGUGUGGAACGAGUGCUGGAUGGCGCGGAGAGACCUGCCGGUGGGGUACGGUGGCUGGCAGGUGUUGGAUGCAACCCCCCAGGAGCGCAGUGACGGGCUGUACCGCUGUGGCCCAGCCCCCGUCGCGGCCAUCCGGGAAGGAGAUGUGCAGCACCGCUACGACGCCCCCUUUGUGUUCUCGAUGGUGAACGCGGACCGUGUGGCUUGGCUGCUCUCUGGGGGGAGGAGGGAGAAGCUGCACUGGGACAAGAGCUCCAUCGGGAUCCACAUCAGCACCAAACGAGUCGGGAGUCAGGACCGAGAGGACAUCACCGGCACCUACAAGCAUGCGGAAGGACGGGGCAGUGACCUGAGGGCACCCAGCCAGUUGUGCCACACCAGCUCCAUGGGCACGCCACCUGCUGAGGCCCUGAAGGCCAGGAGGGGGGCAGAGGCUGUGCCCGCGGCCACAGACUCCGAGGCAAGGUUCUCUGCUACGGCAGCCGGCAGCAGCUUGGUGCCACCCCCAGAAGCCCCGCUCUCCCUCCAGCUCCGGCUGGUGGAGAGUGCCGAGAUUGGGCAGGACAUCCACCUGAUGCUGCUGGCGCAGAACCUGGAGCUGGCCCCCAAGGAGAUGAAGCUGAGCCUGAGUGCCCAGCCGGUGCUGCACGACGGCACCCCCCGGCCCCCCUUCUGGCAGGACACCCACUACCUCUCCCUCCGCCCCAAGGAAGAGAAGCGCAUCUCCUGGCGCAUCGCCUACGGGCAGUACGGGCAGCACCUGUGGGAGGACCGGCAGGUCGAGGUCAUCGCCAUCGCCGAGGAGAACGCCUCCUGGCAGAAGACGCUGGCGGAGAAGACCAUCACUCUGGCCAACCCCUCCCUCACCAUCAGCGUCUUGGCGCCGGUGGUGGAGAGCCAUCCUUUCCCGCUGCACGUGGAGUUCGUCAACCCCCUGCCCCGGCCGGUGGGCGGCUGCGGCUUGCUCGUGGAAGGCGGCGGGCUGGUGAAGGGCCAGGCCUCGAUCGAGUUGGGCUCCCUCCAGGCCCAGGAAAAAGGCGGCAUCAAGUUCCAGCUGACACCCUAUAAGAGCGGCCUGCGGCAGCUGCACGUCACCCUCACGAGCAGCCAAUUCCCCCCCAUCAAGGGCUGGAAGCGGCUGGAGGUGGCCCCCCGCCCAGGCGGCAGCUAGAGGAGGAAGACCCCCCUCCCGGCCCCCGUCUGCCAAGACAAAGGAGGGCGCCUCUCCCGAAUAAAC